AUGAGACGAGAUAAUUUUUGGAAAAUUGCUAAAGUUUAUUUAUGUUUCCGAUUGAAAGUUCUCGAAGUCAUCGCUAUCGAAGUUAGAUUCAAUAAAAAGAAUACAUUGGUCAUCGUUGCAGUACUUCUUCAACACUCUUUACAUGACGUUGCUAAUUAUUUUCUUGUAUCAUUAGCAUCUGCUGACUUUUUGCCAUAUCUGGAUAUCAGUACGGAAACUAAACAACAGAAAACUAUCACUUAUAAGAAGAGGAGGAAAAUAUCGGUAUUGAUUCUAAUUGGUGCAAAUGGUGUCUUCACAAGAGUUUGCUACUCCUGA